CUGAACCAGCUGGACCUGGGUCAGACCUGGUCCCUGUUCUGUGAAUCUUUGUGAUUUCUUUUGGUCUUUCUCUGACCUGGUUUCCUGACGCCUCAGAGGUCUGAACAUCUGGUUUGAUCCGUGUGGAUCAGCUCAGACUUGGGUCUGGUCCUAUAAAUCUGGACUUGGUUCCAACCUGUUCCUGGUUCUGGACUUGGAUUAUAUCUGGUUCUGUUUUUUGUGAUAUCUCGACCUUGGUUAGACGUGGAUUCUGGACCUGUUUUAAACCGGUAAGCGUGUCAGACCCUGGUCCUGGUCCUGGUCCUGGUGCAGCCCUGCAGGAGGAUCAGAUCUGUGGUCAUGCACACCAUCCACCGACUGUGUCGAGUCUGCAUUGGACAGAACCUGCCUCAGGUGAGCAUCACUCGAGGAAAAGAUGGGUUUGGAUUUACAAUCUGCUCUGAUUGUCCCGUCCGAGUCCAGGCUGUUGACCCAGGUGGUCCGGCUCAUCAGUCUGGACUCCGUCCAGGAGACUCAGUUCUGCAGCUGAAUGGACUUCCUGUAGAAACCUGGAAAUGUGUCGACCUCGCCCACGCCAUCAGGAGUUGUCCAUCUCAGAUCAUCUUGGUGGUGUGGAGAGGUUUACCUGAGCUCAGAUCAGGAUGUGAAGCUUUGUGUCGCCCACCAACACACAACACAACAACGGGCAGGAAGUUGCUGCCUCACCCCACCCACAGUAAACAUGGCCGCAGACGGGAUCAAGGGUCGAGGGUGCAUUCCACUUUGGGAGCUCUGGGUUCUCUGUGGAGGGACAGAAAGGAGGACCAGGAGGAGGAGGAGGAGGAGGAGGAAGUACAGGACAUGACUGAGUACUCCCCACGCACCACCACACUAAAGGGCACCCGUGUGACAUCAUCAAAUGGAGACAAUUACAUCAUCCUGUCACCUGUCAGUCCAGGAGGACAGCUCUUGCAGCCAGUUUAUCAUGACAGGAACAGGACGAUUGGUCGUCUGUACCAGACCCACCCCAGCAGAGGUCAGAGCCUCCUACACGACUCUCAACCCGAGUCAUCAUGGCAACCAUUCACCAGCCAUACCUCCACCCUGCCCCCACCCCCCUCCUCCCCCUCCUCAUCUUCCUCCUCUCCAGGUGCACCCAGUAACUAUGGCAACUACCAGAACUGCACCAUCGUCCAAUCACACCUGCCCUGCUCCACCUAUGGAACCUAUGUCACACUGGCGCCCAAAACCCUCAUCUUCCCCAUCUUUGUCCAGCCUCUGGAUCUGUGCAGCCCAGACAGAACCCUGCUGAUGUCAGAGGAAAUGGUUCUGCACCAGGCAGACUUGCUGCCUGCAAAGGUGACAGUGUUGAUCUACAGUGACCUGCUGUUGUUGACCAGAGAGGACGAAGCUGGACGCUGCAACGUCCUACAGAGUCCACUGUACCUGAACACACUGCAGCUCAGAGAGGUGUCAUCAGAGCCGCUCCACCUAUACUUCCUGCAGACGUCUCAGAUGUGUUCCCAUUGCGUCUUCAGUCUUGAGUCUUUCAGCAUCGAGCAGAAGGUCAGAGUUCGUCUGUGUCUCCAUGACAACAUCCAUCACCAGCUGGUCGCCACGGAGACUGCACACAGCCAUCAGCUUUCAGACCUCCCCUCAGACUUUGGCCUCCUCUCUCUCAGUCAGUCUGACCCCGUCUAUCGUCCCUCCUCUCCUUACUCGUCCCCUGAUCCCCCACUUUGCCGCCCCUCCUCCCCCUACUCCUCCCUCUGUGAUGCUCUCAGACCUCCCUCUCCUUACUCCCCAAGCUCUCCCUUCUCCUCCUCCACUCCUCCUCCUCCCCCCUUCUCCUCUCUUUCUCCAUACACCUCCUCUUCCACCUCACCUUCAACCAGGACCAUCACUGCUCUACCUCACCUCCUCCCCCCACCUCCCCCAACCUCCAUCUCCACCCAGAGGAGUCCGGUCUGGAAGGAUAGAGGGAGAGCAGAGGAGGAGGAAGAGGAACGGCAGCAAGGGGAGGGGGAGAGUGCCUCUGAAACAUCAGAGAAUGUGGGAGGUGUUUGGGGGCGGGGCCUUCUUCUGAGCCCCCACCAUUUCAACAUGAAGGAGGAGGAAGAGGAGGAGAGUAACGAUGAUGAAGAGGAGGAGGGGGAGGAGAGAGGAGCUGCUGAGGAGUUCACCUCCACCUACAGACCUGCAGUUCUGCAUCGCUCGCUCUCUGAGGGUUCUCUGCUGCAGGAAUCUCGAUCGCCCCGCUUCCUGUCUGACAGCACCAUCCACCGACUAACCCGUUCCUCGACCUUUGACCCUGAACCCAGCACAGAACCCAUCACCCAACCCCCCUCCCCCCACACUCUGAGGAGACAGCUGACAAGACGGGGGGGGUCUCUCCACCAAAUGCUACUGCUGCUUAAUGGCCCCAAGGACUCUGAAUUCAAGAAUCUUCAGCUGAGGAAGAAGACCAGGACUCUAGCUGCUGAUGUUCGCAGUCGCCUGGCGUUUCUACGUCGACGGAAAAACAGUACCUGUUUCCAUGGUAACAGUUUGGAGAAAGCUCUGAGAAACAACAGACCAUCUCUGGGGGAAGUGCUGAGGUGGGCGGAGAGUCUGGAAACUCUGCUGACCAAUCAGUAUGGUCUGGUGGUCUUCCGUCACUUCCUGAGAUCAGAAUUCAGCGAGGAGAACCUAGACUUCUGGUUGGCUGUGGAGAGAUUCAAGAGGACAUGCCCCCUCAGCAAGAUGGCCACCAGAGCUUGGAAAAUCUAUGAUGAGUUUAUUUCAACCAAAGCAGCAAGACAGGUCAAUGUGGACUCGUCUGUCAGAGAAUCAACCAAUCAGAACCUGCAUCUUGGUGUGAACCCCACCUCCUUCCAACAAGCCCAGGAUCAGAUUUUCAGCCUGAUGGAGACCGACAGUUACCCGCGAUUCCUCCGCUCCCACCUCUAUGCCCAGCUUGCCAAUCGAGGCAUGCAGACCGCCACAGUGUUGGGCAAUCAGAGUGGAGCUGGGUCUGUGCAUGUCAGCCAAUCAUAAGAGUGAAGGACGAUGAUCAGCCAAUCGAAGGCUCAGAUCUGAUCAGAGCAUCUCAUUGGCUGGCCAUUAUCUUCUGUCAUCUAUUCAGAGAAAAACCAACCGAUAAUAGACACUAUCCGUCCAGGUGCAUUAUGGGAAAUGUAGGGUCCAGUGUUUUUGGACUAAAAGUCAGGAGCUCGCCACCUCCUCCUUCAGAUUUCUGGUUUUAAUAUUUUUAAUAGAAGCGUUGAAUCAGUUUGUAAAAUCUUUACUUCACUGAGUCAAAUGUUUGUUACAUGAGAAGCUUCAUGUUUUCCAGAUGUUUUUCAGAUGAUUUCCAGAUGUUUUCACCAUUGAUUUCAGAAGUUAUUGUUUAUAAACAUCUCUUCAUCUACUUGGUGGAUUGACUUUCCCUCUGGUGCAACCAUCAGGUCACAUACAGAACAACUGAUGUUCCCAUCAGCCCUUGCUGUACGCUGUGUUAACUGCCAAUAAGCCAGUGUUAGCAUGCUAACGUGCUAAACUAAAAUGGUAAACAUAGUAAAAAUUUUACCUGUUACUAAAUAUUAGCAUGUUAGAACUGUCAUCUUAGGCCUGUUAGCAUGCUGAUGUUAGCAUCGACUGGUAGCCUGUUGUUUUUUGAAUAAACGUCAUCAAACACCGUCACAGAACAUCCAGAAAAAAUGUUUUUAUUUACUCAAAAUUGAUUUACUCCUCAUUAACAUCCAGAGUAGAACCAGUUGAUGUAGAGCUAGAUGAAGUAGAACCAGUCGACGUAGAAUCAGUCGACGUAGAGCCAGUUGACGGAGAACCAGUCGUUGGUGAACCAGUUGAUGUAGAACCUGUCUGAAAAUCAGGAAAAUAAUAAAUGAAUAAUAAGUUGUUUUUCAGAUAUUUAAUUUUAAUCUAGAAUUUAGUGGAGUAGAUGUGUCCUGUUGUUACCUGAACCUCCUCAGGUGUGUCUGCUCACCUGUUAAAUAGAAGACAUGAUGAAGUCUAAUGGAAACUAAAAAAUAAAGACGACUCAGCUGGGCCUCCUGCUUCUUCUUCUUUGGUUUUAUUUCACUGCAAAUCUCUGUCCUCCAGCAGGAAAACUGAACACCUGAAGGUGUCAGUCAGGUGUAACCAGGUAAUAACAGGUUUGUGCCUGUGUGUGAAGAAGCAGCAGCAGCAGAAGAAGAAGCUGUUGUCUCUGUGAUUCUUAUGAUUCAAUAAGAGAGACAGAAAGAAAAACAGAGAGAGAGAGAA